UUUGAAGGAGAGACGUGCCAGUUUGUUUUAUUCUACCGGGAAGUCCCGUUGAGAUCGAAACUCUCUUUUACCAGAGAGACCUGGCACGGUAACAAACUAGAUUAAAUAAUAACAUUAAAAAAAAAACUUUUGCGACAGGUGUAAUUCAUUUUACGACACUUCGCUUAUAUGCGAUCAGCAAACGUUACUUUCUACAUCUCUGGCUUCACUAUCAAGUUGCCGAAUAUCACAUCCGGGUCAAUAGGGUUUGCGUGAGGGUUGCUCAAUAGAAACAUGUUGUUACGUAGGGUUUUACAAUUUGGUGUUUCUGCACUCAAAGUCAGUCGUUCCAUUCAUCAGAGUGCGCCAUGGAGAAGUCCACUCAUACCUAUAGUUGUGGAGCAGACGGGCCGAGGAGAGCGUGCAUAUGACAUCUACUCAAGGUUGCUACGAGAGAGAAUCAUUUGUGUUAUGGGUCCAAUCGAUGACUCUGUAGCUUCUCUGGUUAUCGCUCAGCUGCUCUUUCUCCAGUCUGAGAGCAACAACAAGCCUAUUCACAUGUACAUCAACAGUCCUGGAGGUGUGAUUACGGCUGGACUUGCGAUCUAUGACACUAUGCAGUACAUCUUAAAUCCCAUCUCAACCUGGUGUGUGGGCCAGGCCGCCAGCAUGGGCAGUCUGCUUCUGGCCGCAGGAACCACAGGCAUGAGGCAUUCCCUGCCCAAUGCCCGGAUCAUGGUGCACCAGCCCUCCGGAGGAGCAAGGGGCCAAGCAACGGAUAUUGCCAUCCAGGCUGAGGAGAUUCUCAAACUUAAAAGACAGAUCAACAACAUCUAUUGCAAACACACAGGGCAGCCUUUGGAGACUUUAGAGAACGUGAUGGAGAGAGACCGGUACAUGAGCCCAAUGGAAGCGCAGGAUUUUGGGAUCAUUGACAAGGUCCUGGUUCAUCCACCACAGGCUGGACAGGAUGAGCCGGAACUUAUUCAAAAAGAGCCCACCAGCCUUGCAAGCGCCUCCACCUCCCCACAACCUCAAGCCUCUGAGCCGGGCCAGUCCGGCAGCAACCCUCCCUCCUCAUACAAACCUGAAUCCUGAAAGAGACUCCCAGCAGGAGCGAGUGAACUACUGCAUCUCUCUGGUUCAGUGUGUUUUGGCAGAUGUUUGAGAUGACACCAGCUCACAUAUCAUAUCUGAACCUUGUGACCUUCCUUUUGUACAUUUUAUUGAGUAUCACUAAGACUUCAGACAAUACUGGAAUCUGGACAUUACAGAUGCAAGUGUAAAGAUACUCAGUCUUGACUUUAUAUUUGUAUGUACAAAUAUAGGUAUCUUUAGCCAGAAUUAGAUUAAUUGUAAACAAACCAGAUGGGAACACUAGCUUACAGCACAGGGUUUGAAGUCUGUAUUAUUUGGAUGGAGUGUGUUACCAUGUCACACAAUAUACUUUCAGUUGUAAAUGUGCUUUUCGAUUAAUAUAAUACAUGUUAAAAUGAUUUAAAGCAAGAUAUUUUAUUGAUAGAUAUUCAAAUAAAUCAUUGGGUAAAUUAG